GCCCCGACCAGCACUUGUAAGAGACGUUGUCAGCCACCAAGCCAAGGCUCUGCACACCCUCCUCCCCCUCCUGGAGCAGAGGGGUAUACACUGGCACCAUCCCCGACCUCUUCUUCUCAGAGGGGGCCACCAUCAGCGGCUUCCCUUCCCCCCAACCUGGGGACACAGCAGGCUGCCAUGGAGUUCUCAUCAGAUGACCGGGAUGGAGGAUCUCCCCCCAGGUGUCUCACCCUGGCACAGAGGGCGUCCCGGCACCGGCUCUCCAGGGUGGCCCGGUCUAUACUGGAGCUGCUGCUGGUGGAGGAGAACAUGCUGCAACAUCUACCGCUGGACCACCAGUUUACAAUGCAGAUCAAAGACAGCAUAGAGUUCAGAAACAUCUGCAUACACAUGGCUCUUCAGACAGAUGACCGAAGAUUCGAUCAAGAUCUGAACUCUGCACAGGAAUGUCUAACACAGAUUAUCGCUAACAUGACAUGGGACACAUCUUCUAAGACUUGUGACUUCUGCUACACGGCACAGGAGCAGCUAAAGCAGAUACUACAGAAGCUCCAAGACUAG